AUGAAAAAAUACAAUUUAGAAAAGAAAUCAUACAAGUUUUACUUUUUCUCACAAUAUCUGUCGGAUAAAAAAGUAGAUGAGAGUUCUUUCAUUAGAAAAGAGAUAACAACAGAACCUGUGAAAAAUCAAUUAUUAGUUGUAUCAAAUGGCUUUGAACAAGCUUCCAUUGCCCGUCGUAUGGCUGGAUUUAAACUUUGUGUCAGCAAUACAUCAACUAUUCCACCUAACAAUGAUGCCUGUUAUGAAGAUCCUGGACCAGGUCUCCCAAACAUCACUCAGACAAUAUCUUUCAAUCAACUUGGAAAAUAUGUAAUUUAUUAUGAUGACAAGGGAUCGACAGAAUUAAGAGGUCGCUAUGAUGGACCGGUUAUUGAGUUAUGUUACAUUGCCAUUAAUGGAUGUCAAAAGAGUUUUUGGGGACUUAAUUGUGAUUCAUCAUGUGCAGACAAUUGCAUUGAAGAUAAUUGCUUUCCCGGUAAUGGUUCUUGCAUUUGGGGAUGCAACCCAGUAGACUGUUUAAAUGGUGUAUGCAAUAAAGAUACUGCAGUUUGUACCGACGGAUGUAAUAAAAGAAAGACAGGAUUUCAUUGUAACAAGUAUAACUUGGCAUCGGACAGUUUGGUUACACAGAGUCCAAGUGGCAGUUUAGUUGCUAGUUUAGCUAUUGACGGAAAUAAAACGUCGUGUUCAAGAACCCAAGGACCUACUGUAGCAUUUCAGAUUGAUCUUAUCGAUGAAAGCAUUGUUACAGGAAUAUCAUUAACAUUUGGAGAACAUACUUCCAAAGGGAGCAAUUAUUCCGUUUACGCAUCGAAUACAAGCUCUAGCUGGAAAAAUGGGACGGUUUUAUAUAACAGAAGAGCUUUACCCACUGAAGUCAACUUUUUUGCCGUUUUCAGAUACUUGACAUUUGAACUUCUACUGCAACAACCAAAUGUUUCUCUUGAAUUAUGUGAAAUUGGGGUUAUUGGUUGUCCGCCUUCACACUAUGGUUCUGUUUGUACUAAUCUCUGUCCACCAAAAUGUCAUGGACCAUGUGAUCUAGAUUCAGGGAAUUGUAUAUUUGGAUGCGUAAACGGCUGGACUGGUGAUAAAUGUGAACAAGCAUGUACUAUUGGUCAAUACGGUAAAAACUGUUUAGAGGGAUGUUCAGCUAAUUGUUUAAAUGCACAAUGUGAUCAUGUGACUGGAGAAUGCAUCGUUGGAUGUAAAGAUGGAUGGCAUGGAUUUAAUUGUACCCAAAAAUGUUCGAAUGGUAAAUUUGGUACCAAUUGUUUAGAGUUUUGUGAAGGAUGUUUACAUCAUACGUGUGAUCCUGUUGACGGUUUAUGUGAUAACACAACUAUAUGUCACCCUGGUUACGUACACGGGGAUUAUUGCGAUACAGCAUGUAAUAAUUGGUACUUUGGUGCCAAUUGUUCUACAGAAUGUAACUGUCUAGCUGAACCAUGUAACAAAGCAGAUGGAAUAUGUCCGUUAGGAGGAUGUAAAGAAGGAUGGCAUGGUGAAUCAUGUAACCAGAGUAAGAAGCUUAUUUUUGAAAAUGUAAAAAAAUAA